AUAAAUAAGUAUAGAAGCAUACGAAACCCUUUUACCGACUGUUGUUGUUGUCUCUCUCCUCUCAUACUUUACUUAUUACAUUCAAAAGCAGGAACCCCCAAAGCUUUCUUCUUCCUUUCAUUUUUGCUCUCUCCUCCCCCAUCAUCAUCAUCAUGUCCUCCCAUACCAAUCUCCCUUCUCCCAAACCGGUUCCAAAACCGGAUAACCGUAUCUCCGGUACAUCCCAAACCAAGAAACCACCGUCUUCCUCCGUGGCUCAAGACCAACAAACCCUAAAAUGUCCCCGUUGCAACUCUUCAAACACAAAGUUCUGUUACUACAACAACUACAGUCUCUCUCAACCUCGUCACUUCUGCAAAUCUUGUCGCCGUUACUGGACACGUGGCGGCGCCUUGAGAAACGUCCCCAUCGGUGGUGGUUGUCGGAAAACAAAAAAAUCCAUCAAACCUAGUACUACUUCCUCCAUGAACGCAGUACUCCCUUCUUCGUCUUCUUCUUCUCAGAGGUUCUUCUCUUCAAUCAUGGACGAUUCUUCCAAAUUCUUCCCACCUCCGACGACUAUGGAUUUUCAGCUCGCCGGUUUAUCUCUCAACAAGAUCAACGAUCUUCAGCUUUUGAACAACCAAGAAGUUCUUGAUCUUAGGCCUAUGGUCUCCUCGGGUCGAGAAAACACACCCGUUGAUGUCGGGUCGGGUUUAUCUUUAAUGGGUUUUGGAGAUUACAACAGUAACCCUUCACCGACGGGUUUCACAACCGCCGGAGCAAGCGACGGUAACUUAGCUUCUUCUAUAGAGACUUUGAGCUGUUUGAACCAAGAUUUACACUGGAGGCUUCAGCAACAGAGGAUGGCUAUGCUUUUUGGUAAUUCCAAGGAAGAAACUGUUGUCGUCGAGAGGCCGCAACCUAUUCUUUACCGGAACCUCGAGAUCGUGAACUCGUCAUCGCCGUCGUCGCCGACAAAGAAAGGAGAUAAUCAGACAGAGUGGUAUUUUGGUAAUAAUAGUGAUAAUGAAGGGGUGAUUAGUAAUAAUGCUAAUACAGGAGGAGGAGGAAGUGAAUGGAACAACAAUGGAAUUCAAGCUUGGACUGAUCUUAAUCAUUAUAAUGCUUUGCCUUGAUUCUUGGUAAGUCCAAGAAAACUAUAUAUCUAUUAAUUUUAUAUAUUUGUUUGUUAUGUGUGUUGUGAUGUAAUGCCAAAACUAUUUAUGUUUGUAGUCUUUUUUUUUUUUGUUUCUGGUGUUCUUGUAGACAGCUUUUGUUGUUGUUGUUGGUUACUAUUUUAGUACUUUAAGUUUCAAUCUGUAAACAAAAAAACAAAAUUGGGGGAUAAAUUAAUUCAAGAAUGGAGAGAGAUACUUAUAUUAUAAUA